GUGUUCCACUACUAGGUGCCCUUCUGGGAAAGCGCCGAAACCCGACGCGCGUCACCAUAGUUUACACAGAAAACAAACCCCAGACGCUGUUGUUGCUUUUCCAUGGCCUCUGAAGUCGGUGGCACACGCUGAUUGGGUAUGUAGGCACGGCAGGUAUGCACGUCAUGGCAACCUGGCCUGAGGCAGGUAUUUUUACACCUGACGUAUUGUGUAAAGGUGGGACUCACGCGUGGGGCCCGCAGUUGGGUGGUGGAGCGGCGGGGCCCUGGGCCCGGGCCCGACUGGGCUCUCUUGCAUCAAGUUUUUUUCCAAGUGGACCACACUAAAAUAGACACUAGAAGGACAACUGAACUUCUUUGGAAGAACGUGACGCAGUCCUAUCCUUGUAGGAGGAAGAAGGGAAGUGAAGUAGUUAGAGGGGGAGCUUCAAGACUCGUUUAAGGUCGUCACCAACGUUUGGUUUUCUACCUGCUAACAUAAACAUAAUUCUGGAAAGAUCAUCAUGGCUACGCCGUCAAGUUUUAAAGACAAGGUGGAGCCUUACAAAUGGUCCAUAAUGGGGAAAAUAACUCUCUCAACACUGAACUUAUCUGAUGAAAAGUUGACUAAACUACCCGACGGACUUUUGGAAUUAAAGGAGUUAGAGGCAUUAGAUCUGUCGGAUAACGAGAACAUUGAUCUCUCCGAUGAGCUGGUCAAACUGACUAACCUAAAACUGUUGUGUUUACAUAAAUGCAACCUUCGAACGGUACCCGCUGUGGUGAUGAAACUUUUACAGUUAGAAACACUGAUCCUUAGUCAGAACGAGAACAUUUCCCUGCCGGAUGAGAUGUCCAGUCUCACCAACCUCACGGCCUUGCACAUAGACGACUGCAAUCUAGACACACUACCACCAGUAGUGCUGAAACUACUGAACCUACAGAAGCUAGAUCUAGAUAGAAACGAGCAGAUAUCCCUGCCAGAUGAGUUGUACAAACUAAAGAAUAUCAAAGUGUUGAGACUACGUGACUGUAAAUUGGACACCGUUCCCCCGGCAGUACUGAAACUCACCCAGCUGGAGGAACUGGUCCUCAGUGGGAACAGCAGGAUCCACCUGCCGGAUGAGCUGUCCGGACUCGCCAACAUCCGGGUACUGAAAUUAGAGCAAACAGACAUGGACACAGUUCCUCAUGUAGUAUGGAGACUGACACAUUUACAACGGCUGGACCUGAGCUCUAACCCACUACAGACAUUGUCCGCAGAAAUUGAGCAGCUCGCUAACAUAAAACACUUGGAUCUGUCUGGGUGUGAGAUGCGCACACUCCCUGCCGAAAUGUGGAGACUGACACAGUUAGAAUGGCUGAGCCUGAUGCAUAACCCACUGCAAUCGUUACCCGCAGAAGUCGGACAGCUCACUAACUUCAAACACUUGAAUCUGCGCAACUGCAAGCUGCGCGCACUCCCACCUGAAGUAAAAAGACUGGUACAUUUAGAAUGUCUGGACAUGAGCUCUAAUCCAAUACAGACGUUACCAACGGAAAUAGGACAGCUCAGUAACGUCAUAGACCUGGAUCUGUACGAAUGCCAGCUACACACACUCCCACCUGAAGUGUGGAGACUGACACAGUUAGAAUGGCUGGACCUGAGAGCUAACCCACUACAGACGUUAGCCGCGGAAGUUCGACAGCUCACUAACCUCAAACACUUGGAUCUGUACAACUGCCAGCUGCACACACUCCCACCUGAAGUGUGGAGACUGACACAGUUAGAAUGGCUGAACCUGAGCUUUAACCCACUACAGACGUUACCCGCGGAUGUUGGACAGCUCACUAACAUAAAUCGAUUGUACCUGGACUGUUGCGAACUGCGCAUUUUGCCACCUGAAGUGGGGAAACUGACACAGUUAGAAUGGCUGGAUCUGAGCUCUAACCCACUACAGACGUUAUUACCCGCCGAAAUCGGACAGCUCAUUGAUGUCAAACACCUGAAUCUGUCCCACUGCCAGUUGCACACACUCCCACCUGAAGUGGGAAGAUUAACAAAGUUAGAAUACCUGACCCUGAGCUAUAACCCACUACAGACGUUACCUGCGGACGUUGCGAUGCUCACCAGCAUCAAACACUUGAAACUGUACAACUGCGAGCUGCACACACUCCAACCUGUAUUGUGGACACUGACACAGUUAGAAUCUCUGGACCUGAGCUCUAACCCAAUACAGACAUUACCUGCGGAAGUUGGACAGCUCACUAACGUCAAACACUUGGAUCUGUCUUACUGCAAUCUGCGCACCCUCCCACCUGAAGUGGGGAGACUGACACAGUUAGAAUGGCUGGACCUACAAAAGUGCCAGCUGCGCACACUCCCACCUCAAGUGGGGAGACUGGCACAGUUAGAACGGCUGGACGUCAGCUUUAACCAACUACAGAUAUUAUCUGACGAAGUUGGACAGCUUGAUAUCCUAUGUCACAUUGACGUUAAGGGAAAUCCACUCAUAAAACCACCAUCUGCAGUUUGCAGUCAGGGGAUCACUGCUAUUAGACAAUACUUUGAGGAACUUGAACGCUCAGAAGAAAAAAUGAGCUCUCGUCUGAAAGUUGUUGUAUUGGGAAAGGAAUUGUCGGGAAAAACUAGCCUUGUACAAACGCUACAAAGUGGUAAGUCCACCCUGACCAAAAAACAGGACCGCACACAUUGUCUAGAGAUAACUCAGUGGGCACCUGAUGACAACAUCACGUUUGAAGUGUACGACUUUGGUGGCCAUGAUGUGUACCAUCUUACUCAUCAGUUCUUCUUGACACAAAAUGCAUUGAAUUUGUUGACAGUGGACCUCCACAUGUACAACUGCACAGAGCAGACAUACACAGAAACCGUAGGGUUUUGGCUGGACACACUGAUCGCCCGAGUGCCGGGGGCGGUGGUUACAAUAGUGGGUAGCAAGACGGACAUGUGCAACGACAUACUAGAACUACAGGAGAAAACCAGGGAUAUCCAAGAAAGGCUCACACAACAAUACAGCAAGUGGAAAUGUACCAUACAGCAGCAAAUGAACAAAUUGGCGAAAAUGACAGAGGCGGCCAGAGGAGAGACCGAUCAGGAAAAAGCAAGGCAGUAUUAUGAACGCAGUGACGAGCUCCUGAUCUUGAUGAGGUGCCCGCUGCGGCUUACAGGUGUGUGCUGCGUCAGUUCGGCAGAACCAACAUCUGGGUUGGAUACAUUAAGGAGGCACAUACUGGACACAGCAAAUGAUACAUCACUGUUUCCAAUGCUUCGAAUGAUUUUACCGCGGACAUGGUUGGAUUUUGAACAGCAGAUACACAAGCUACGUGGCGAAGGAAGAAAUAAACGUCGUUCCUGGGUCGUUACUAGAGGCGACAAUGAUAACAAGAAGCCAAAUUGGAUGACGUGGGAAGACUGUUUACGGCAAGGACAGCUGGCUGGUCUCACGGCAGACAGACUGGAGGCAGUUCUAUCUUACCUACUGCAGCCGGUGGGAACUGUCCUCAGGUACAAGGACAUACCUGAACUCAAGGAACUUGUUUUCCAUGAUCCUCCUGCCUUGAUUGAAAUCUUCAAAGAUAUGUUCCAUCACGACACCAAAGCACUUUUCUCAACACCCAGACUACAGUAUGCUAACUAUACUAGUGUACAGUUGGAAGGGUUUGAACAGGAUCUGCGCGACUGUGGACUGAUCCGGAAGGAUGUACUGACAUGUAUGUUACCACCAAAUGUCGCUCCUGACAUUGUUACAGCUCUGAUGCAACGUUUUGGCCUUUGCUUUGAGGUAAGAGCUGAGGACAAAACAGACCCUUCAAAACAUAUAUGUCAGUACAGAAUACCUUGGUACCUGUACAAGCAAAUGCCGGAUGAGUUGAUGAGUGUCUGGCCAGAAGACGUACCAGAGGAACAGGAACAGCUACAGCUGAUGUGUGACAUCAGAGGAUUCUGUCCCCGGGGACUGUUUCAGAGGUUCAGUGUUGGGAUCCAUCCACUUGUACAGGACAGAACAGACUGGAAAGACGGGGCCAUGGCCUACAGACAGGACUAUCCCGUACUGGUAUGUUCCAAACCAGCUGCAGACGACACUUACAUCACCAUGGCAACCAGAGGCAGGCUUGCCCAAGCAGGUGAGAUGUGGGGCGUGGUCCACCUACUGCUGGAGGUGCUGGUCCAGCUGCUGCAGGAGUGGCCAGGUGUGCUGUACUCCCUCCACGUCACCUGUGCGCACUGCAUCAAGGCAAGACUGGACAACCCGCACCAGUACGACCUGAGGGACCGGACUGCAGAUGACGGCCGUGACGUCAGAUGUCCCAGAGUCAAGAGGACUGCAUCAACUUCAGCAGACCUAGUCUACAGACCAAGCAGGCUUUCCGGAAGCAACCAGCGUUGGAGGGGACGCCAAAGUUCAUCGAGUCUUUGCCCCGAAGUUUCAGUGCCGUCAGGAGGUUAUGCAGUACGGAUCUUGUUGCUCAACGACGAGUAUGGGACUUCCAAGGGAGGAAUUUCUACCAUCAACUGCCAGGUGGGCCAAAUCCUGGCCAAGGCCAAUGCAGUCGUGUACUGCACAGCCUUGCGUGUGCCGAAACGAGACCAGGAGGCAGCAGCCAGAGACGGCGUCCAGCUGAUAGGGCCAGAUCUGCUAGGUAAGAAGACCGAGCCAACUUUAGACUGGCUGACUUUCUACCACAGCGUCCACUACCCAGACCUCCCUCAGGACAUCACCUGCAUCAUCGGCCACGCUGAUAUCACAGAUACGGCGGCACGAAACAUCUGGGAACAGCGGUAUCCACAGGCAGACCUCAUGACGUUCAACCACGUCCUACCCGAGGAUACAGAGUACUACAAGGGAGGUCGGAAGGCAAUGAAAGCAUGGGAGAAAGAGAAGGACAUGCUUGAUAAAUGUGAUAAUGCAAAAGCAGCUUUCUCAGUGGGCAAGCGGAUCUACGGCCACUUCGACACAAUGUACAAGGGGGAGAAGAAACCGAAUAAUCACUACAUCUUCCUCCCGAAGCCAUCAAAGAUUUUCCUCGACGCCACUGUCAGACCUGGAGGGGAACAGAAGGUCGUCCUGUGCAUCGGCAGGGUGAGGAAGGUGGAGAAGCUGAAAGGUCAUGACCUCGUAGCACAGUCCAUGAGGGAUGUGGUGAAGGUGAUCAAGAACGUCCGGUUGCGCGUGCGCGGCAUCAGUGAGGAUGAUUGGGAGAUGAGCCUGAAGAUCCUGGAAGACAACCUGAAGAGCCCCGAUCUGAACCCCACCCUCCUGCCGUAUGGAACACAGGAGGAUAUCAGGGACGACAUGAUGAAAGCCCACCUGGUCCUGAUGCCGUCCCGCUCCGAGCCGUUCGGACUGGUCGGCCUGGAGGCCAUCGCGGCGGGCAUCCCCGUCCUUAUCUCCAACCAGACCGGCCUGGCAGAGAUGAUCCUCGAUCUGAUCAAACAGGGGAAGCUCAGUGCAGAGCACAGGCACGUCAUCGUGGAGACCAGCGUGAACGACUCUUACCUAGCCGACGACGUGAAGAGAUGGGCAGACAGAAUCGUGGACAUACUCAACCACAGUGACUCGGAGUUCGACAAAGCUGCCCGGUUUAAGCGGGAGCUGGUGGAGUCCCGGUACUGGGAGGAAUCCCACCGCACCUUCCUGCAGGCCUGCGGCAUCCCGGCUGGAGCUGCAGAUCUGUAGAGGUCAAGGGGCAGCAGUGGACACGGUGAUGCAGUAAUCGCUCUGACCCGACUGAGACAACUGGGCCGACCGUUAUGCAGUAACAACUCACGGGGACCCUAAAGCCUGGCAACAACUCUUGA